UUCUUCACACGGUGCCUCAAUCCCCAGUCUCAUUCUUCCUAGCAUGAUUUGCUGACCGCCAUAUUUCAUAGUUCUACUCCUGAAUGCCUACAUGUAGCGCAGUUUCACUAUAUAGCGACCCAGCAUGGUUCGAAUUAAGUUCACCGGGCCUCCGUCGACGGUCCAGGUACAGACUCCGCAGAAUCUCCAGUCCCUUGCCGCUGACAGCAAGCCUGUUGCUCGCAUCAGGGCACAAGAUGUGAUUGAAGCUUCCGCCAUUCUGAAGCUCCAAGAAAGCAUGCAUCUGCAGCAACUACAGAGCCUGGAGAUGGUCCAGAUCAUGCUACAUGUCUCGUUCGGAACACUUUUUUAUCUUCGGGAGUUUCUACCGCUUCCGUGUUUCGACGAUCGGGACUUGAGAGAAGCCCAACGUGAGGGCAACCUUUCUUAUCGACAGUUCAUUGACAGGCACACGCCCAGAGAAGAUCUCGAUUCCAAAGAAGAUGUACCAUUUGGCAGAGGCAAGAAAGGUCAGCCGCUGAAGAUCAUACUCCGAGGAUCAGAUCUCAAAGCGGAUAUGAUUCUUGAUAUUCUGGAAACCGGCAUCUUUGAUGCACUUAGCAAAAACGUGCUUGAAGCUGUUCAAUUGACCAUACUGGUCGAUAAGGAUGCGCCCGAGAAUGUGCUAGAAUCAUACACAUUCUCCUUUAGAUACGCAGGGGCGGAAGGUGAUGUUAAUAAUCGCCUUGAAAGCUUAUCUCUCAAACCAAUGGGCUGUGUGGCCGACAUGAAAACUGCACAGACAGCCCGGAUAGGCCUAGAGACGAUCGUACGGCGCUUGAUCACUCUUAGUGCCUUUCUUCCCACUCUACCGAACAAGAGAAGCUUAGGGGUGCACCUUUUCUAUACGGAGGAUUGCCCUCCUGACUAUGAGCCCCCGGGAUUCAAUGGGGCCGAUGAUGAUACGAUCAAAUUCCCUCUCAGCGAAAACUGGAAAAGGGAAUCGCAGUCUUGUGGACAUAUGAACAGUGGACGGCAUACUGUUGGGCUUAAAGUCACCUCGCUCAAAUGGACCGGAUCCGAGCCCGAGGGAGCAGAAUCGCUGCCUCAGAUACCUCCUGAUCUUGAAUUCAACGACCCCGUACGAAGAACGAAGGAUAUUGGAUUUGAUGAUAAAGAGGACAUCUUGCGUACACUGGGCGGCAGUGGCAGUCUAUCUAUGGAGAACGGCUUUCGCCGGGACACUGAUCUCUGCUUAUCUCUUUGCCAGAAAGCCGAGAACGAAAAAGUGUCGACGCAGGAUCUUGUGGAAAAGCAUCAAUUACAAAUGAUGCUACCUUCGCAAGGGAUUGAAGGUUCGAAUGGUGAACUGGCACCUACACAGCCACUUAAACCUGGCACCGCCUUUGAGAACGGCAUUGCGACGAGAUGUCAGAAGUUUGUCCUUACGGAAGAAAGCAAGCACAAUAUCAAGGAAUAUCUGCAUUCAGACGACUCUACCGCUACGAGAACAGCCAAGGACCAAAAUAGUGUCAGAUGCCAAUGCGGCUGGGAUGGUGAAGAGGAGGCCAUGGCCCAAUGUGCCUUUUGUCAAACGCGUCAGCAUUUGUUAUGCUAUGGAUACGAAGAUGCCCGUGACCCAAGAGUCCCCGACAUUCAUGCUUGCUAUCAAUGCUUGCUUAUGCCGGACGAACCUCAUAUACUCCAUCAGAUGAGUAGUUUGAUACUCUUGAGAAGAGCCGUAAGGAUCAUCCUAAAUGAGGGUUAUCCCCAUAGAACAUCGCUAUUCACACAGAAGCUUCAUUGCAACGGGCAGACCCUUGUCCAGAUUAUAGAUCUGCUGAAAAAGCGCAGACUCCUCCAGCCGACCCCGGGAAGUAAAGUCAAAGGAUUUUCUCUAAAGGGUCUGCCCAGGUUCAUGUUCCCUAGCUCAGGGGACAUACAAGCCAGGCUACAAGCGGAGAUACUUGGCCCCAUGAUCAAGAUCCAGCAUCAUUACGUCCAAGAUAUCCCGCAGGACUCGCUUCAAUCAUCCCAAGUAGUGACAAAUGAUGAGCUACACAGCAUCACAAGAUCGUUUUCUCAGGAGGAUGAAUUGGAAGAAUCGCUUCUUGAUGCUCAAGAAAGUGGAAGGAAGGCGCUCGUACCAAAGGAAAAAUCCACAAGUAUUGCAGCAGAAACCCGAAGUCGGAAGAGACUGGCGUCACUGUCAAACGAACAAAGCCAAUCCCAUACCCCGAAACAUACUAUUCAUGAAGAUGCGUCCCCACCAAGGCGAGUCAGUGAUCGAGUCUUGAGGAAAGACAGUAGGAACCAAGCCGAACAGCAAGCCAAGUCCGUCAAAAACGUAACUCCUCGCUCCAAGCAAACACCCAAUCGUCGGAUUUCCAACGAAGGCAGUUUACGCCGCAGCAACCGCAAGAGGCGCAAGAUCAGCAAUUACUCCAAACUUGUUGAUGUUGGCGCGGAGCAAUCUGAGAACGACAGUUCCUAGUCGGAUACUCACCCCGAGCACAAAAGUUGUCGCUGUCUCUUACUUGAAACAGCCAAAGAACCCUGAACAUCACUUACUGGACAUUACAGGUCGACCAAAUAAGCGUCAAUGAGAAGAAGAUGGGACACGAAUGGCGUCAUUGGAGGAAACUCCUUUUGAAGAUAGUGGUUCGAAUAUCCGUGCACCGGACAAUCGAGGUAUCCGGUCAGUGCAGUGCUCCCGCAACCCCGGUGUUUCAGCCCAGCAACUAUUGAUCCAAAAAUGAAGCUUAAGGGUCCGCUCGGGGAGGAAAGAGUGGAGGGAACUGAGCCAUGGCACGAGCAGGACCCUGGAACGUAUAGCUGAGUGAUUGGCAGCUAGCUACUUCAGCCACUUACCUAUUAUGUAUUCCGGGAGCAUGAUCACCCAUCACCAUACUCGGAGCUAUUCGGGCCCUUGGGACUGACUGUAUUCUACAUAGCUUAAUAGUAACUCAC